UUUUGAAAAAUUAGAGGUUAUUAAUAUUUUAUGAAAUAAAAGUUAGGCAAAUUAAAUAUUUCCCAUUUUAUCUAUUAAUUUAAAAAAAUAAAUUACUGUCAAGAUGUCUAAGUCAGUCGCACGUUUGAAAUCUAUGAAAAAAGUUGCUGAUAAGAUAGAUCAUUCAUCCAAAUUACGAACUAAUAUUCCUGCUGGAAUGGCUGCAGCAGGUCCUCCGCUUGGCCCAAUGCUAGGUCAGCGCAAUAUCAACAUUGCAGCCUUUUGCAAAGAUUUCAAUGAACGUACCGCUAACAUAAAGUCUGGAGUUCCAUUACCAGUUCGAGUUAAAGUAAAUCCUGAUAGAUCUUAUCAGCUGGUCAUACACCAACCACCUUCAUCAUAUUUUUUAAAGCAAGCUGCUGGUACAAGCCGUGGUGCAAUGGAGCCUGUAAAGGAAAUGUGUGGAAAAAUAACAAUUAAACAUAUUUAUGAAAUAGCCAAAAUUAAAUCACAAGACCCUCCACUUGAAUGGAGGUCAUUGAAAGAAAUUUGUGUGAUGUUGUUGUCACAAGCAAGAACUUGUGGAAUAGAGGUUGUAAGAGAUUUAGAUCCUAAGGAAUAUGGAGAAUUUUUAAAUGAUAGGAAAACAAUAGUAGAAGAGCAGAAGAAACAAUUGCAGGAAAAACGAGAAGCAAAAAUGUUGAGAACAGCUUAGUUACACAAUUGUUACUUAGUUUUAGCAUUAUUAGUUCUUAUUAGUAAAUAAUAUAUGUAAAUAGUAUAA